UGUACCCACCAGCUCCUCCAGUCGAUCUCGCGAUAAACCACGAGGUUUCCUCCCUCGCGCGCUCGAGGCUCUUCCUGUCGGAUUGUAAAAUGGCGCAUUGUUGUGAGAACUGCAUCGCGUCUAUUUGAUAGAGAUUAUGAAGCCGGUUAGAUAUUUACACUACAUAUGCACUUAAUAAUGUAACUCGUGCAUAGUCCGAACAUCGAUUGAACUCAGAGGUUCAUUCAUUCACGUGCAUGCUCCGUCUUUGAGAGAAGCUUCUCGGCUAAACUUUGCUUGUUAGCAUUUGCUAGCUAACAUUUUACUAGCUUAUAUUCGCUGCAGCUUUUCUUCAGGACAGCGGAUCAAAUACUGCGAAGAUGGGCUAUUUAAAACUUAUAGAGAUUGAAAACUUUAAGUCCUACAAGGGAAGGCAGAUCAUUGGACCUUUUCACAAGUUUACAGCGAUCAUCGGACCCAAUGGAUCUGGAAAGUCCAACCUCAUGGAUGCCAUCAGCUUCGUGCUGGCAGAAAAGACCAGUAACCUGCGUGUGAAGACUCUGAAGGAUCUGAUCCAUGGAGCUCCUGUAGGCAAGCCAGCUGCCAACAGAGCCUUCGUCAGCAUGGUGUACCAGGAAGAUAAUGGAGAGGAGCGCUCCUUCACAAGGGCCAUUAUUGGUUCCUCCUCAGAGUAUCGUAUCAACAACAAGGUGGUGGGUCUGCCUGAGUACAGUGAAGAGCUGGAAAAGCUUGGAAUUCUAAUCAAGGCCCGGAACUUCUUGGUCUUUCAGGGAGCCGUGGAGUCUAUUGCCAUGAAGAACCCCAAGGAGCGUACAGCUCUGUUUGAAGAAAUCUCGCGUUCUGGGGAGCUGGCCCAGGAGUACGAACGCAGGAAGAAAGAAAUGGUGAAAGCAGAGGAGGACACGCAGUUCAAUUACCAUCGAAAGAAAAACAUUGCUGCAGAGCGCAAAGAAGCUAAGCAAGAAAAGGAGGAGGCUGAGCGUUACCAGCGUCUGAAAGACGAAGUGGCCAGAGCGAGUGUUCAGUUGCAGCUCUUCAAACUCUACCACAACGAAACUGAGAUUGAGAAGCUGAACAAAGAGUUGGGCCAGCGCAACAAGGAGAUCGACAAGGACCGUAAGAAGAUGGACCACGUGGAGGAGGAGCUGAAGGACAAGAAGAAGGAGCUGGGCCGUCUGAUGAGGGAGCAGCAGACCAUUGAGAAAGAAAUCAAAGAGAAAGACUCAGAGUUGAACCAAAAGAGGCCGCAGUACAUCAAGGCCAAAGAGAACACCUCGCACAAGAUCAAGAAGCUCGAGGCGGCGAAGAAAUCGAUGCAAAACGCCCAGAAGAUGUACAAGAAACGCAAAGCAGACAUGGACGAGCUGGAUAAAGAGAUGAAGGCAGUGGAGCUGACAAAGCAAGAGUUUGAAGAGCGCAUGGAAGAGGAGGCACAGAGCCAGGGACAGGAUCUCACUCUAGAGGAAAACCAGGUGAAGCAGUACCAUCGUCUGAAGGAGGAGGCCAGUAAACGUGCUGCCACACUGGCACAAGAGCUGGAGAAGUUCAACCGCGACCAGAAGGCCGACCAGGACCGGCUCGACUUGGAGGAGAGAAAGAAAGUAGAGACGGAGGCCAAAAUCAAACAGAAGAUUCGUGAAAUCGAGGAAAACCAGAAACGUAUCGAGAAACUGGAGGAUUACAUCACCACCAGCAGGCAGUCACUGGAUGAGCAGAAGCGCAUGGAGGAGGAGCUGACAGAGGAGGUGGAGAUGGCCAAGAGGAGAAUUGAUGAGAUCAACACAGAGCUUAACCAGGUGAUGGAGCAGCUUGGAGAUGCCAGAAUCGACAGGCAGGAGAACAGCCGCCAGCAGCGCAAGGCUGAGAUCAUGGAGAGCAUCAAAAGACUCUACCCCGGCUCUGUGUACGGCCGUCUGAUCGACCUCUGCCAGCCCACUCAGAAGAAGUACCAGAUUGCUGUGACCAAAGUGUUGGGCAAAAACAUGGACGCCAUCAUCGUCGACUCAGAGAAGACUGGAAGAGAUUGUAUUCAGUACAUCAAGGAGCAGAGAGGGGAGCCUGAGACCUUCCUCCCUCUGGACUACCUGGAGGUGAAACCAACAGAUGAGAAACUGAGAGAGCUGCGAGGAGCCAAACUGGUGAUUGACGUGAUCCGCUACGAGCCUCCCCACAUCAAGAAAGCCUUACAGUAUGCAUGUGGCAACGCUCUGGUGUGUGAAAACGUUGAGGAUGCCAGAAGGAUCGCUUUCGGAGGACCAUACAGACACAAGACGGUCGCCCUUGAUGGUACCCUGUUCCAGAAAUCUGGUGUCAUCUCUGGAGGAGCCAGCGAUCUGAAAGCCAAAGCCCGGCGCUGGGAUGAAAAGGCAGUGGACAAGCUCAAAGAGAAGAAAGAGAAACUCACAGAAGAGCUCAAGGAGCAAAUGAAGGCCAAGAGGAAGGAGGCAGAGCUGCGUCAGGUGCAGUCUCAGGCUCACGGUCUGCAGAUGAGACUCAAAUACUCCCAGAGUGAUCUGGAACAGACGAAAACCCGCCACCUCUCACUCAACAUGCAGGAGAAGUCCAAGCUAGAGAGUGAACUGGCAAACUUUGGCCCUCGCAUCAACGACAUCAAGAGGAUCAUCCAGUCCCGUGAGCGGGAGAUCACUGACCUGCGAGACCGCAUGAACCUGGUGGAGGAUGAGGUGUUUGUGGAAUUCUGUAAGGAGAUUGGAGUGAGGAACAUUCGAGAGUUUGAGGAGGAGAAGGUGAAAAGGCAGAAUGAGAUCGCAAAGAAGCGCCUUGAGUUUGAGACCCAGAAGACCCGCCUAGGUAUCCAGGUAGACUAUGAGAAGAAUCAGCUGAAGGAGGACCAGGAGAAAGUCAUGAUGUGGGAGCAGACCGUCAAGAAGGACGAGGCUGAAAUAGAGCGACUCAAGAAGGAGGAGCACAGACACAUGAAGAUCAUCGAUGAGACAAUGGCCCAGCUGCAGGACCUGAAGAACCAGCACCUCACCAAGAAAUCUGAAGUCAAUGAUAAAAACCACGAGAUGGAGGAGAUUCGUAAAAAACUAGGGGGCGCCAACAAGGAGUUGACUCAGCUGCAGAAGGAGGUGACAGCUAUCGAGACAAAACUGGAGCAGAAGCGCAGCGACCGUCACAACUUGCUGCAGGCCUGCAAAAUGCAGGAUAUCAGGUUGCCUCUUCGAUCUGGAACAAUGGACGAUAUCAGCCAGGGAGAGGGGGGAUCUCAGACAGAGGAGUCCAGCAGCCAGAGGACAUCCAGCACUGUCCUCGCCAAAGAGGCCCUCAUCGAGAUUGACUACAGCAACCUGUCCGAAGACCUCAAGGAUGCACUCUCUGAAGAGGAGAUAAAGGCAGAGACAAACACCCUGCAGCAGCGUCUGAAUGAGCAGCAGAGUAUCCUCCAGAGGAUCAGCGCACCCAACAUGAAGGCCAUGGAGAAGCUGGAGAGCGUGAGGGACAAGUUCCAGGAGACCAGCGACGAGUUUGAAGCUGCUCGCAAGAGAGCAAAGAAGGCCAAGCAAGCCUUCGAGCAGAUCAAGAAGGAGCGGUUUGAUCGCUUUAAUACCUGCUUUGAGUCUGUCGCAACAAAUAUUGAUGAAAUCUACAAGGCCCUCUCACGCAACAGCAGCGCCCAGGCUUUCCUUGGCCCAGAGAACCCUGAGGAGCCAUAUCUGGAUGGCAUCAACUAUAACUGCGUGGCUCCAGGAAAGAGGUUCAGACCCAUGGAUAACCUUUCUGGAGGAGAAAAGACUGUUGCUGCUCUUGCUCUGCUCUUUGCUAUUCACAGCUACAAACCUGCCCCCUUCUUUGUCCUGGAUGAGAUUGACGCUGCUCUGGACAAUACUAACAUUGGCAAGGUUGCCAAUUACAUCAAAGACCAGUCAGUGAUGAACUUCCAGGCCAUCGUCAUCUCUCUGAAGGAGGAAUUCUACACAAAGGCAGACUCACUGAUUGGGGUCUAUCCUGAGCAAGGAGACUGUGUCAUCAGCAAAGUGCUGACCUUUGACCUCUCUCAGUAUCCUGAUGCCAACCCGAAUCCCAAUGAAUAGGACAAGCAUUCUCAACAAUGACAUUUUUGGCAAGUUGGACAUUCUCUCUUUAGUCACAGAUCAUGUAUCCAUUAGAUCUCAUGUGUUAUUUCCUCUUGUUUUUAUGUUUACGUACCUUUUUUUAAAAAAAAAAUGAUAGAGUAGUAAAAUAGUGGUUCAGGGGGGGUGUUCCUUUUAGACAGUGAAAACCAGGAUGUAUGUACAUUUACACAAGCAAGCCCUUUCUUAAUUUGUCUGGAGUCUUUAUAAUAAUCAGUGGACAUUAUGAUGAUAAGAUUAACUCCAUCCUUUUUAACAGACUGUAGAAAUUGUAUCAUGCAGUAGAAUGUGUCCAAUUGACCUGAAAUGAGUUUUUAUACUGUUUAUGGCUCUUCUCUGUGAUGUGCUUUAAGCCUUUGCCUGUCCUCUGUUGUGUGAACUGAAACAUGUAUCUGCAUUUCCAUGUGUUCUUUUUUUUUUUUUUUUAAGACAGCUAAAUUAGGACACUGUUGUUACAUUAUGGUGGGUACAUUCCUGUGUGUGAUGACUAAAUGAAACUCCAAGUAAGCUGCAACCGGCGGUGCUACAAGAUCAUGGAGCUUUGUCAAAACUGUCAUCAGAAAGUUAUGUCAAAGGAAAUCUACUGAGGAUAUAUUGCUGUGUGAAUUUAUAAUGGUCUCUUUAUAUCCCUUGAGUGAAAUUCUGAAUCAGCUUUAAGUGAACUCAGUAUGAAUCUUUCUGUCCUGCCGGUUUUAUUGAUUGCUUUUGCUUCAAUAAAUAAAAUUUGAAUUA